AUGAGGAGCAAAGCAGAGUUACAAAGCAAGUUCAAGAACUACAUGUCGAAGCCGAUGAGCAAGGCAGAGUUACAAAGUAAGUUGAGGCACUACAUGUCAAAGCCUAAGAGAGCUUUACACAAGGCAAGAGACUUUUACGUGAAGAGAAUGGAGGAAUGCGCUAGUAAGGUCGGUUAUGGUGGAGUUAUCGGCUGCCCUGCUCCACCUCAAGUUUCACGGUUGCCCAGGAGUUUCAGUGUCAACUAUUCAAAACCCAACAAUGAAGAGAAAUUCAUGAAUUACUUAGAAGUAAUGUCGAAGAAAAGGUCAAUGGAGUCAAUUUUGCAGGAAGAGGAGAUGAAAGAUGCGUAUGGUGGGUUGAAGAGAAGUUAUAGUUGCGUUGGCCUGGCGAGAAUUGACGAGGACAAGCCCUGCUACUUCGAGGAAGAUGCGCUGUAUGCUAGAAGCAGAAGUUAUGCUUACAAGAGAUACUACAAUUAUUGA